UGAAAAUGCGGUUCCACGACACAUUGACAGCGCCUCGACAAACUGGCACAACACGUGAUCGACCACGCCCAGGACAACUACGUGUCACGACCCCGGCCCAAGAUCGUCACGUCGUCCCCACACAUUUGAAGAACAGGCUCAAGCCUCAGAUCUUGAUUGACAAUUCCAGUGUCAGUAGGGACGGUGAGGUUGAAAUGAUCAGGUUGGUUUGUCUGACUCUCCUGCUGUUGGACGUGGUGUCACGUGUUGAAACAGGAUCCAGUAUGACUGAAAAGAUAAACGACCGACAACAGAGGACGUUGACCAAGCUGAUAACGCUGAACAAAAAAGCGAAAAGAUGGCUACAUCAUUUGGAGAAAAGUGCUGGGCGGGAGAAUGAUGACUACACGUCAGAACGGGAGGAAGAAAUGGGGCAUCGAAGCCAAAGGCGUCAAAGCAGAGCUGAAGAAGAUGAACAGUUUGAGGCUCUUCUCGGUCACAUCUUCGGCCGAACGUAAGACGAAGGAACAGCCCCCGUAACACCUCCAGGACAAGGCUGUGAGAUGUUUUUGUAAUAAUGGGGAUAGAUGCACUCAUUUCCUGAUAAUAAAGAUCUGUUUGCAAAUA